AGCAAGUCUGUAGCUAUGGCGGUUUGAAACGAUCGAGAAUGGAAAGGGUGAAAACACAACAAAGUACUACUCGUAAUUAGUAAUGGCGAUUGUCUCACGGAUGAUUGUCAUACAACCUACAAAACAUCAUAAUUAUAAUAAUCAUGGAUUUAAAUUAUCAUCUCCUCCUCCUAGACCAUCAACAUGUUCAUCGUUCGUGUUUUUUCCCGGCCGUUUUGAGCAUCAUCAUCGCAAAUUUUUGAUGCAUGCUGCUAAACCGAUAUCCGCUCUCAUUAAGGAAAAUUCUGUUUGGAGUUAUAACUUUGGUUCAGAUGUGUCUUUACAUAAUGGCAAUAAGCACAACGAUAAGUUAAAAUGUUUUUGGAAGAAAACGGACGUUGUAACAGAAGUAGAUAAUGAAAAAGACUUGAAAAGAACAAAUGCCGAUAGAGGUACAAAGAAAUCAGGGGGUAAACGCCCACCAACGCUGUAUACGUAUGCAGUUGGAGCUUCUUUAUGUAUAGUAGUGGGGUUAUGCUCAUUUGGGCUUCAAAAGUUACCUAGUUCAAACUAUACUGAAGUACCGUAUUCAUACAUGCUUGAUGGGAUACAAGAUGGGAGUAUCAUGAGGAUUCAGUUUGUGGAGAAUUCUCGUCUAAUUUACUUUAAUAAGAACACUUUAGAAGAGGAGAAUGUUCAAACUCCGGAAAAGGAGAUUGUUGAAACUCCGGAAACUAAUUUAAUAGCAAUGCGAUUAGAGGGGCUUAUUAAGCCGUCUUUUUCCAAAUGGGCUUAUCGUACACGAAACAUAGAAGAUGAUAAAUUUGAACUCCUUAGAGUGCUUAAAGAGAAAGGGGUUAUCUAUGGAUCUGACCGUGCGCUUCUUUCUGCAUCAAUGAAGAAUUUCUUGUUGAUUUUUUUUCAACUGGCCCCGUUUUGGAUCAUGGUGUUGCUUACCUGUUAUCAACUCAAUUCUCAACAUGAUCUUGGGAAGUUAACAAAGAAGCAACCCACUAAGAAGCAAUCAGUAACGUUUGAUGAUGUAAAAGGAGUUGAUGCUGCCAAAGCAGAGCUUCUAGAGGUUGUUUUGUGCAUGAAAGGAGACAGUAAAUACAUGAAACUUGGGGCAAAGUUACCCAGAGGUGUUUUGUUAACGGGUCGUCCAGGAACAGGGAAAACAUUGUUGGCUCGUGCUGUGGCUGGAGAAGCUGGAGUGUCCUUUUUUUCCAUUUCUGCUAGUGAAUUGGUGGAGGUUUUUGUUGGUAGAGGAGCUGCUCGAGUUAGAGACCUUUUCUGUGAGGCUAGAAAGAGUUCACCAGCUAUCGUUUUUAUUGAUGAGAUUGAUGCUGUUGGGGGACAGCGAGGUAGCACUCUGAAUUGUGAGCGUGACCAAACGCUGAACCAGCUUUUGACAGAAAUGGAUGGGUUUGAGAAAGAGGAAAGUGUUGUGGUUAUAGCUGCUACAAACAGACCCGAAACUCUGGAUUCAGCUCUGAUGAGACCUGGUCGGUUCUCAAGGAAAGUUCGAGUGGACGAGCCAAAUGAGACUGGGCGAAAAGAUAUUUUUGCCCUUUACCUGAGAGAUGUCCCCAUGGAGGAAAAUAAGGACUCCAUUUGCCAGGUUGUUGCAUCGCUCACCCCAGGCUUGGUAGGGGCUGAUCUUGAAAACAUUGUUCGGGAAUCUGUACUACUUGCAGCUAGAAGAGGCGGUGAAUUUGUAACGAAGGACGAUAUAUUUGAAGCCGUUGAUAGAGCUAAAGCUAAAGUUUAUGAUUCUGCUGAUGGUAAACCAUUUCCAUUCGCAUCAACUUCAUAUCCUCGUGGGUCUAUGGGGUAUGGAGUUUCUAACUGAUGAUGUUUUAUACCAUCUGCCCAUGAUGAAUGUGUGUAUAUUUGAUCUGUACUGGGAACUUUUUGGAUUUUCGAUUUCAAAUCUGAGAAUGUGUUUUGUUGCUUUUCUGCACUAAAUUGACUGAUAAAAAGUUCAUUGAAAAUGUUCGAUAAUGAGUUAUGUCAA